UGCCUAUAAUUAGCAGCAAUUAAAAGAAGUGCCUAAGUGAUAACUAAUCCCAAGAAAAUAGCUCCUUCAAAGAAAAAUGAAUGUUCCUAAAGGAUUCUUGAACUAUCUUUUAUACUUUAUCAUCUUCUUUCCAAUCUUUUUGUUUCUAUUUUUUCUUGGAUGCAUCAAAGGUGCUAUUUUCAGUCCCUUUGUUUUUCUGGUAAUUGCAUUUGGUGAUACUGGUAUAGUCAUUGGUUUAUGGCCCCUUCACCUUAUAUGGAGCAUCUACUGCAUAAUAAAAUCAAAGAGGUUUGGCCCAUAUAUGAAAUGCCUAUUGAUUUUACUAGUUCCACUACCAAUAGCUUUGUGGACUGUUGUUGGAGUUGUUGGGAGUGCGAUUAUGGGUGCUAUGUAUGGUUUCAUUUGGCCUGUCAUGGAGACAUUUCGGGCUAUCAGCAAGGAAGGUUCAAUUUGUAUGAAGUUGAUUAGAUGCUUUACUGAUGGCACUUGGUCCUGUGUUCGGGGAGCAUGCACAGUUGUCCGUGAUUUUGCUGACUUUUCCUUCCACUCGUACUUCUCUGUUAUGGAUGAGCUGCUGGAGUCGAAGGGGGAGGAGCCUAUUGAACUCAAGGUCACCCAGAUACCUGGAUGCAUACUGGCAGCAAUUCUAGGAAUUGUGGUUGAUGUUCAUGUCAUCACCAUAAUAGUUCUGUUAAAAGCACCUUUAAUGCUGUUGAAAGGUUGGCACCGGCUAAUACAAGAUCUUAUAGGAAGGGAAGGCCCAUUUUUGGAGACUGUGUGUGUUCCCUUUGCCGCACUUUGGAUUCUGUUAUGGCCUAUUAUGGUUCUGCUGGCGAUUGCAGCAGGCAUAAUAUCAAGUCUUGGUUUUGGCUGUUUUGCUGCAGUUGUUGCAUAUCAGGAGAAUUCCACUAAGAGAGGGUUGCUUUAUGUAAUUGCCUCUGCCUCUAUAUUUGAUGAGUACACCAAUGAUUUACUUUUCUUGCAAGAAGGCUCCUGCUUCCCCAGGCCCAGAUAUCGAAAAGGGGCUACUUCCAGUUCUUCACUGCUUCCUGUGAAGGGACUGCAUGAACGGUUUGAAGCUGCUUAUGUUGGUGAACAAUUAGUAACGACUACUACAGAUAAAGCCACCUCACUGAAGGCCGCAAUGAUAUGGGAUAGUUUCUUCAAAACAUUUGAAGAUAUAGGGAAAGAGCUUCUCAGAAUGGGAGCCAUUGGAAUGCCAGAUCUGGAUGCCUGGGCAGACUCAAAAUCAAAGAUCGUCGACAAUGGAAUUCCUGCGUAUGCAUUUCUUGAAUGCCUCCUCCGCUCUUUCAAGCAUGGCUCCUAUGGUUUAAUCCUGCGUGACAAAGUUGAGAUAACAAGAUUGAAUAGACCAGAAGGACGAAUUUUUGAUUGGCUCUAUGAGCCAAUGUGCAUCAUGAAGGAGCAAAUCAGCAGUCUAAAAUUAGAUGAAUCUGAGGAGCUGUACUUUUACAAACACUGCCUGUAUGGUGGCGAUGAAAAAAGAAUAAAAUCUUGGCUGAAUGGUGGCACUCCCCCAUCUGAUGAGAUCAAAAGAGCCCAGUUGGAGGGUAUUAGUAGAAGAUUGCAAGGUUUCUGUUUGACGCUGUCACGGCUGCCAACAUCAAGGCGUCGCUUCUGUGAAGUUGCGAAGGCUAUUGAGCUGGAAGCAAAGAACUCUAGCAUCCUAGCCGGCGGAGAUGACUUGGAGGCAGCUAGAUAGGUUCUCUCUGCAUCUCACACUUGUAUAGAAAUGAUCGGAAUGAAUCUGCUAUUGUUACUCAUAGAGGAUGUUUAAGCCUCGUAGCUUGUUUUGUGAACUAGUUAACAGUCACCGGAAAAUAUAUUUGUAAAAAACAUUUAUACGUAGGGAAAAUGUAUGAUGCCCCAUAUCAAUGAAAACAUCUGAUAUCUGACACGUUCUCAUAAAA